GGGGGACCUGUGGGUUAGACUGAUAUGGCUUCUUAGCUUUGGGUCUAGGCCUGUAGCCAGCCUCAAAAAAAUAAAAAUAAUAAAUGAUUUUUUUUUACAGAAGUCAAGGGAGGCAGGUUUUAAAACGUUCAGUGAAAAUAGUCAGUGAGGCUGGGGAGGGAAGAGAAUUUUUUGGCGUGGCAGUACCACACACCAUGCCACCAGCUGGCUACAGGCCUGUUUGGUACCCCAGAUAUGGUUGGACCACAGUGCUUGUCAUCCUCCCCUGUGGCUUGGCAAUUCCUCAGUUAGACUGAGGGGGAAGGACAGACACCCCCCUACCCCAGGUCGCUUAGGGAGGUGGUCGUGCCUGGGACUUUUGCACACAGCAGCAGGCUUCUCCUUUCAGGCUUCAGGAUCCUGAUAUGUCAGAUGAAAAAUGCCCCAAAUAAAACUAAACGGCAUCACUGUGGACUUUCCGUUUCAACCCUACAAAUGUCAGGAAGAAUACAUGUCCAAAGUGCUGGAAUGCCUGCAAAAGCAAGUGAAUGGGAUUUUGGAGAGCCCCACAGGCACGGGGAAGACACUGUGCCUCCUGUGUUCGACCCUGGCUUGGCAAGAAUGCUUCAAAGAUGCCAUCUCUGCACAGAAGAUUGCCCAGCGCCUGAAAGGUGCAGAACUCUUCCCUGACCGACCAGUGUCAUCUUGGGGUAAUGCUGCUACACUUGCUGAUGUCCCUGCUUAUUACACGGAUGUUCCUAAAAUAAUUUACGCCUCUAGAACUCAUUCUCAGCUCACUCAGGUCAUCAGUGAAUUAAAGAACACAGUUUACAGGCCGAAAGUAUGUGUACUAGGUUCCAGGGAGCAGCUUUGCAUCCACCCUGAAGUUAAAAAGCAGGAAAGUAACCAUCUGCAGAUCCACAUGUGCCGCAUGAAAGUAGCAACUCGCGCGUGUCAUUUCUAUAACAACGUGGAAGAGAAGAGCACUGAGAGAGACCUGAUCAACUCCAUCUUAGAUAUUGAAGACCUUGUUAAAAAUGGAAACAAGCACAGAGUUUGUCCCUAUUAUCUCUCUCGGAGUCUGAAGCAGCAAGCUGAGAUCAUUUUUAUGCCUUAUAACUAUUUACUGGACUCAAAGAGUCGAAAAUCUCACAACUUAGACUUGAAGGGGACUGUAGUGAUACUUGAUGAAGCUCACAAUGUGGAGAGGCUGUGUGAGGAGUUGGCAUCAUUUGACCUGACCCCCUAUGACUUAGCUUCAGCUGUGGAUGCCAUCAAUAUAGUGUUGGAAAAACAAGCCAAAGAAAUUCAACAGAAUGACAUCGAUUCCGGAUUCAGUGUGGAGCAUAUCAGCUCAGGACUAAAUAUGGAGCUUGAAGAUAUAGCAAAGAUAAAGAGGAUUCUUCUUCAACUGGAAACUGUUAUUGAUGCUGUGGAGCUGCCACCAACUGGAAGUGGAGUCACUAAGGAUGGAAGCUACAUAUUUGAUCUGUUUGCGAAGGCCCAGAUCACCUUCCAAACCUGGGCUUCUAUCCAUGAGUCUCUAGAACAAAUUCUACAGUAUUUAGCAGGACGUACUGGGAUAUUUACCAACACUGCUGGGUUGCAUAAAAUUGCAGACAUAAUCCAGGUUGUUUUUAACUUUGGUCCAUCAGAGGCUGCAUCUAGUCUGACACCAGGGUGCUCAGUAUCAAAAUAUUAUAAGGUCCACAUUCACCCAGACAUGGGUAAUCAGAAAAAGAAGCAGAGGACGGACCUCUGGAGUUCAUCAGUAACUAAAAAACAAGGGAAAAUCCUGAGUUAUUGGUGUUUCAGUCCUGGAUACAGCAUGCAUGAAUUGGUCCGUCAGGGAGUUCGGACAAUUAUUCUCACAAGUGGAACCCUCUCCCCAAUUUCCUCUUUUACUAUGGAAAUGCAGAUACCAUUCCCAGUUUGUUUGGAAAAUCCACAUGUUAUCGAUAAACACCAGAUCUGGGUGGGAAUAAUACCCAAGGGACCUGACGGAGGUCUGUUGAGCUCCACCUAUGAAAAAAGAUUUUCAAAAGAAUGCCUAUCUUCUCUUGGGAAAACAAUUGGUAAUCUUGUUCGAAUCAUACCACACGGGCUGCUCGUGUUCUUCCCAUCAUAUCCUGUCAUGGAUAAAAGCCUGGAAUACUGGAGAGAACAUGAUUUUGCUGGAAAAAUAGAAGCAGUGAAGCCAAUGUUUGUGGAACCAAGAAGCAAAGGAACUUUCACAGAGGUAAUAGAUGCGUACUAUGAGAAGAUUGUCUGUCCUAAGACCAAUGGUGCAGUUUUCUUUGCGGUAUGCCGUGGAAAGGCUAGCGAAGGUUUUGACUUUGCUGAUAGGAACGGCAGAGGUGUUAUUAUCACGGGCCUUCCUUUCCCACCUCGCAUGGACCCCAGAAUCAUUUUAAAGAUGCAGUUUUUGGAUGAGAUGAGGGCCAAAGGUGGUGGUGGACAGUAUUUAUCUGGAAACAACUGGUACAAGCAGCAGGCAUCUCGUGCAGUGAACCAAGCCAUUGGCAGAGUCAUCCGCCAUCGGGAGGAUUAUGGGGCCAUCUUCCUCUGUGACCACAGGUUCAUGAAUACAGAUGCAAGAGCCCAACUGCCUUCCUGGAUCCGUCCUUAUGUGAAGAUUUAUGAAAAUUUUGGGCAUGUGGUUAGAGAGGCAUCACAGUUCUUCCGUGUUGCGCACAAAAUUAUGCCGCCACCUCCCGCUCGUGAUCUCUCUUGCACCACCGCCACUGGAGAGGAGGCUGCCUCCACAUCUUCUGCUUCAUGUCAACAGUUCCUUUCUGUGACAAAAGCCAGCAGUUUCGAUGACCAUGUUCCUAGUUUGAAAAGGAAGAGAAUAGAUAAUGGAGUGGCCAACUUGUGUGUAGAGUAUGAUCAGGGUCUGACCUCCUCAAGAAGACAGCCUAGUGGCCUCCUGGAUGCACUGAAGCACAAUGAAAGGAACUGUGGAGAGGCAGCGGAGGAAGAGAGUUUGCCAGGAGAAGAAAAGGCAAAACGUUUGUCAACUCUUUCCCUUCAGUAUGAGAAGAAGCUUAUGGAUGGGCAGAAAGGAGGCAGGAAGAAAAUCAAGAUAGUCAGCAAUCUGCAGGCAGCCUGUAAAGAACCAGAUCCCUCCGAGCCCAAAAAAGCCAGGGCUGCAGCCUUUAUUGCAACAGUAAAGCAAUCCCUGAGCCAGCUGAAUUUUGAUAUGUUCUCACGAGCUCUCCAGCAGUACAAGAGCACAGAUGACUUCGACACCAUGUUAUCUCAGAUGAGUGCGCUUUUCACCGAAGAACAGAAAAAGCAUGUCCUGUUGCAAGAAUUUUACCAGUUUGUUCGGCCACAUCACAAAAAACAGUUUGAUGAAGCUUGCCAGAGCCUGACCGGAGUGGGCUGCGGCUAUAAACCUGAGCACAGUCUACAACGAGAAGAGAGACUGCUGUUGGCCAAGAAGGAAGAGAAGGAAUGUGGGGAAAAGUUCACAUCCUUGGAGAGUUCUUCCAGACAGCUCAACUCUGAGCAGCAUUUGAACAGAGGAGGAUUUCACCUGUCUUCUGGGUUGGAUGUCACAGGAGGAAGCUUUCCCCAUCUGCUAGGUGAUCCCUCCAAAACAGCAUCCAGUUCUCUAAAGGGGAGCCACAAUCAGGCAAUCCAAUCAGCAUACAUGAGAGACCUCAAGAUGGCUCUGGACAAAAGCAGCAUCAGUAGCUUCUUCUCGGCAGUGUCGGCAUACAAGAAGACAGAUGACUAUGAUGCCAUGGUGUCUGUGGUUGCGGCCCUCACCACGGACAAGCCAGAAAAUUUCCACCUCCUUCAAAGGUUCUCCAUGUUUGUGCGCCCCCAUCACCAGAAGCAAUUCAAACAGAUGUGCAAAGACCUGAUUGGAGAUAAUUGCCCCAAAGAAAGUGAAAGGAUUCUGUUGCCAGCACAGGAAGGGCGUUCCCUUGAUUUGGCGGGCUCAUGCCAUGCUCUGGAAGAGAGUGACACUCAGGAUAAAGCUGCCGGUCCAGCGCCAGGCACUUCCAAGAAUGGGAUGCCAGGAAAAAUCCAGAGUACUAUUUUGUCCUUCUGCAGUAGCCAAACAAGCAGUCUUAAAUCUCAGAAGAAGGAUAAAGCACAAACUCAGAAUACAGGAAGUCUCUCUGUUUUGGCAUCCCAUGCAGAGCCUUCAUUGGAUACUUCCAAGCGUGAGACACUAGCGAAGUUCCAGAGCACAGCCUCUUCCACCAGCAACUGUGAGAAACAGAAGACCAAGACGGAAGGAAGUCCUAGCAAAGUACGAGCACCCACAGAUUCUGGCAGCCUGUCCAUCUCACCAAUAACUGGAGGAUUCCAGUGUGUUAAAUGCAAAUCUGAGCGUGGUGUGCCUUUUCAGUGCCAGCUAUGUGCCUUCACUUGCUGCAAAGCAUGCUGGAAGAGUCUCUUAAAGAUUGUCAAGAAAUGCCCAGAAUGCCAAGCUGACACUAAGAGAAGGCAUUUAGCCCUAUCUUAUUGGCCAGAUCUCCAGUGAGGCACAGUGAUGGCAUCAGUCACUUAAGCAGGCAAAAACUGUCCAGGAUGCUCUUACCAUGGAAAAGAACAAGAGUGAAAAUUCAUUCAAGUAAAAUUUGUUGUUCUUUGGGCUGCUUUGUUUCCUUACAUUGUUUUCUCUUUCCUAAGUUCAUCUGUCAAAAUUGAUCUUGACUCAAAAAGUGAGAGAAGCAGGAUUACAAUUAUCCAGAUCUUUUUUAAUGUCUCCACACUUUUGUGUCCUUCAACCACUUUAUGACAACAUCUAAACAAAAGCAUUAAAACCGCAUCAUUUUACUGAUUUACUGAUCUUUCCAUUGGGGUUUCAUACUGCAAAUGCCUGCCAUGUCGAGCACGGUAUGAAAAAAACUGCAUGGAGCCUAUUUUUUGUCCUGGAUGAAGCAUCAUUCCACAUGGUUCUUACCCUGAGUAUUUCUUGCAGCAGCAGGUGUGUGAGUGCAGGACUGCUUGUGUUUCUUGGGGUUGCUUUGUAAAAUAAUUAAUCAUUCAGUGAACUGCAAAAAGCUCUUGACAUGAGUUCUGACAGUCUUAGGGGAUUAUGUCAGCCAGCUGCUUAACCUAGAACAGUCAGGGUAAACUAAACAAAUAGAAAAAUGGCAAUUUAAAAAGUUUUAGCUGCUCAGCAGAAGGUGACAUAUUUGCAUGUUCAGAUCAAGAUCAUUUUGCCCAGGCCUGAGGUUAACUCAAUCUCAUACUUUCUUUCCUCUUAAGUACCUCAUGUUCUCCUGAACCCUCCACCAAUAAAAAUUGGAGAGAUUCUGUUCUAUAUCUUUGUUUCUUCUGCCUUCUAUUUUUUAAAAGAGUGUCUGAAUAAAGCAAUCAAGAGUG